AAGGGCGCAUGCGUUCACGUUUGUUUACAUCAGAUUUAUUUGACGGGUUUGACGGUAGUCGGGUGAAAAUUUACUCCUAUAUUUUUUUAUGCAAAGUGCAACAAAAAUAUUACCAAAUGAUUCCAGCGUGCGAUACUUUGAGGAUCCUUCAUUUACCCUCACAACUUUCUGACGACCGGCGCGAUGCGUUAUUGCAGAAAUAUGGUGCAACCAAGACUAGGACGAUACGGCCAUCUAGCAAGUAUACUGUCACCUUCGCCAAAUUCCCGUCCCAGCAAUUGGCGGCGGAAGCACUGCUGCGUCUACAUCAGUUAAAUGUCAGAGGACAAUAUCUGUCGGUUGAAUAUGCCAAGAGAUCUGUACCUACUGAACUGUCGGAGCAAGGUAUCGAGCAUAAAACAUCAACGAGCAACGAUGUGAAAACAGAAACUGUCAGCAAGUCUCAUGUCCAAGCAUUCCUACGAAAAUUGAACAACUGGACGAUGAGUUACGAAUUUAAUCAACCACCUCCACCAAACAUAAGAUACAAGUACUUGACACCAACAAAAAGUACAUUAACAAGAAUAGCCAUACAAUUGUUAACUCAACCAGCUUUUUAUACACAGGUGUUGCACUUGAUGAAUAAAAUGAAUCUACCUCCUCCCUUUGAAGAAUUGGAAAUAGAAUUUCCUAUGCUCAAGGAAGUGUACGAUAUGGAAAAAUACAAAGAUAUAUUUCAUGAGCGCGUAAACGAAGAGGAAAUAGAGGAAGAGGAAUCGGAAUUAGAAUCAGAUGAGGAGGAUAAUAUCCGACCUGUAGAAGUUAUCCCUGUUAAAAGAAAACGACCACAACCUACAAAACGUUUAAAGAUACCAAAGUUUGUGAAUCCUGCCAAAAAUAUUGCGAUACCUUCGUCCACGCAAAGGGUACUCAAACCGGAAGAUAUGUUCGAAUCCGUUCAGCGCGGAGAGACUAAAAAUCUCAAGAUUGAAUUAAAAACUUUGGAUAAGUCAUUAGAGGCAACAUCCACUAAUCAAGAUAGCAGCGUGACUGUAGAUGGCGGAUUCGGUUUAAUAUUCCCAGUUAAUAAAACCGAGGACGCGAAGGACAGCGAGGAAAGUGCAGAAACUCCUAAAAAUAAGUUUAUAACUUCCGAAGAACUGGCGGCUAAUAAGAUUUCUGCUAACGAUCAGAGAGUGCUUCCUGUAUUCAAAAAUUAUCACCCAGGCAAACCUUCUAAUCGUCUCUACAUAAAAAAUCUCGCGAAGCAAGUGGAAAUGAAAGAUUUACAUUAUAUUUAUCAAAGAUACGUUAUUACUGGAUUGAAAGAUGCUGAGAAUGAAUACGAGGUACGUCUUAUGCAAGAGGGCAGAAUGAAGGGGCAAGCCUUUAUCACUUUGCAAAAUGCCGUACAGGCGAAAAUGGCUCUCGAUGAAACUAACGGAUAUAUAUUAAAAGAUAAACCUAUGGUGGUGCAAUUUGCUAAAACUGUUAAAAGUUAAUGCUGCUUUAAUUUAGUCUUAUUUAUUUCAUAUCGUAAACUGUUGAUUUAGUAAUUUUACUUUUAAAAACUGUUGAAAUAAACAACGCAAAUGUUCUUGCAA